CCACCGCCACCCAACACACCCACCCAUAGUCGAAUUCAUGAAGAAUCUCCUCCGUCUCCCUCCGCUUUCCUCCACCCGCCCCACCAACCUCACAGUUUUUCCCGUCAUCUCCACCUUUUUCGCCACCUCCGCCACCGCCGUCACCGAACCCGAGCCUCCGGUCGACAAAGAAGACUUCCCGUCCUCCCCCAUCAUCCAGGAAAAGGACUUACUCCGGAAAAGCUUCAAAUUCCAAUCCGGCCUCCAUGUUCUCGACCUCAUCGACGCCGGCUCCCUCGAACCCACCGCUGCUAUCUACACCCAGCUCCUAAAGAAAUGCACCCAGUUGAAGCGACUUAAUGAAGGGCGGCUCGUUCACGCCCAUUUUCUUACUUCCAGAUUCAAAGAUGACCUCUUUUUCCACAACUCCAUCAUCAAUUUGUACAGCAAAUGUGGCAGCCUGGAAGACGCACGGAACGCGUUCGACGAAAUGCGGGUGAAAGAUAUGGUUACCUGGACUGCUCUGAUCACGGGCUACUCCCAAAAUGAUCGCCCGAAGGAGGCACUUACACUGUUUCCGAGAAUGCUUCGACUCGGUUUGAAACCGAACGGAUUCACCUUUGCAAGCCUCUUGAAGGCUUGUGGGGCAGCUACCCCUGGUGAUGAAUCCUGCGAACAAAUACAUGCUGCUUGCAUCAAGUAUGGUUGUCAAUCGGAUGUUUACGUGGGAAGCUCUCUUCUGGAUAUGUAUGCUCGCCAUGGAAAGAUGGAUGAAGCUUGUUUGGUCUUUGAUAGAUUGGAUUCGAAGAAUGAGGUUUCAUGGAAUGCAUUGAUUGCUGGGUAUGCAAGGAAAGAAAAUGGUGAGAUCGCUCUCAAGCAGUUCUGGGAGAUGCAAAGGAGUGGUUUUGAAGCGACCCAUUUUACUUACUCUAGUGUCUUUAGUGCUUGCGCUAGUAUUGGAGCUUUGGAGCAAGGGAAGUGGGUGCAUGCCCAUAUGAUAAAAUCCGGGCAGAAGCUGACAGCUUUUGUUGGGAAUACUCUUCUGGACAUGUAUGCGAAAUCAGGCAGCAUCAAGGAUGCGAGAAAAGUAUUUGAGCGCUUGGAUAAAAGAGACAUUGUUUCAUGGAAUUCAAUGCUUACCGGGUGCGCACAACAUGGACACGGUAAGGAAACAGUUUGCCUUUUUGAGGAGAUGCGUAGACUUGGAGUGCAACCGAAUCAUAUUACUUUCCUUUGUGUUCUUACUGCCUGCAGUCAUGGAGGGUUGGUGAGUGAAGGCCGGCACUACUUUGAAUUGAUGAAGAAGUAUAAGUUGGAACCAGAGGUUGAGCAUUUUGUGACCAUUGUUGAUCUUCUUGGCCGAGCUGGGCUUCUUGAUCAAGCCCUUGAGUUUAUAAAUGACAUGCCCAUUCAACCAACCGCUGCUGUUUGGGGAGCUUUGCUUGGAGCUUGUAGAAUGCACAAGAAUGCUGAACUGGGAAAAUUUGCUGCCGAACGUGUGUUUGAACUCGACCCACAUGAUGCUGGCCCACAUGUGUUGCUUUAUAACAUCUAUGCUUCGGCUGGUAGAUGGGAUGAUGCAGCUAAAGUAAGAAGAAUGAUGAAAGAGAGCGGGGUGAAGAAAGAGCCUGCUUGUAGCUGGGUCGAGAUAGAGAACUUGGUCCACAUGUUUGUUGCAAAUGAUGAUUCCCACCCACAAAUUAAAGAGAUACAUAGGAUGUGGGAGAAGAUUGAUGGGAAGAUUAAGGAAGCAGGAUAUGUACCAGAUACAAAUCAUGUGCUUUUGUAUGUGGAUGAUCAAGAGAGAGAAGCAAAAUUGCAGUACCACAGUGAGAAGGUUGCUCUUGCAUUUGCGCUACUAAACAUGCCACCAGGGGCAACCAUUCGUAUCAUGAAGAAUAUAAGGAUGUGUGGAGAUUGUCAUUCUGCAAUUAAACAUGUUUCUAAAGUAAUGGGGAGGGAGAUUGUUGUGAGAGACACAAACAGGUUCCAUCAUUUCAGUGGUGGGUCUUGUUCAUGUGGUGAUUAUUGGUGAUAUAGUCAUACUUAUUUAUUAGGAUUUUAGUUCAACAGAUACAUGAGAUGCUUGUCAGGUGUCAAUUAGUCGAGGAAAAAUGCUGUUGUUGAGCUCACUGAAUGAUGGAGUGGGUGCAUCAGUAACCAGAGAAUAGGGAGGAACACUGAUUGUAAGCUCAGUGUCGUAGAUCUGAGAGCAUCUCAAGUUCUCAACCGAGAAGCCUAGCCCCUCAGGGUAUUUAUUUGGUUUUUCUGAUUGUUGCAUUCUUUCUGAAUCAAAACAUGUUGGUUAUAAAGGUUCUUUGCAUAAAUCAUUUACAGAACUUGGUCCAUAACUUCUGAGAAUGAUGAUCCACUUUUUGGAGAGAAAAUGCAGCAGAGGUGGGCUGAUCUGGAUUCUGUACUGUGUUUUGGUUCUUUUGGAGGUGUCCUCUAAUCCCUGUUUCAAUGGAACUCAAAUAAUGAGCUUGAGAUCUGGUGGGUUGAGGUAACGGGUUGAGUCCUCCGAAGAUGUAUAACAUGAUACAAUUAUCAUGGAGUCUAAAAGAUUCGAUUGCAAGGAGGCUAGCUGAUGAUCUGGAGAAACGUCCCUAUGAAUAAAUCGGGAAGCAAAGUUACCCCUUUUUUUAAUUUUAUUUUUAGGUGUGAGAUAACUGUUAGCUAGCUUCAGUGUGAAUUAAAGAUUGUACAAUAUGAUUGCUUGACACUGAAGCUUUAUUUGUGAUGCAUCGUUCCGGUUCGUGGAAUAUGUGAACUCGCACCAAUUUUUCAAGCUCAAUGUUGCUCUAUGGCUUACGCA